AUGGCCUCCUUCUUGACACGAGAAGGGCCUUACUCCGUUCUCCCACCGCCCUUACCGACCGCGCAGCCAUCAGCUGCUACUCCGUCCGCAACAACACCAGAACCCGAGACGUGGUACACCGACACGCAGACGCAGGACCUGCUCGCUGUCAUCAAUGCCUGUCUUCACAACCUCUACGAUGUCCAGCGCGCGAAGAGCAUAUUCGACCGCAUGCGCGAACGGCCAAAUCACCCAGGACUCGAUACCCGCGUCUACAACGCCUUCAUCCACGCCUACAUCAACAUGGCCACGACGAAGGACCCGGGAAACCGGGAGUACUGGGUAGAGGGUGCCUGGGAGCUGUAUGAGGCGAUGAAGACAGGGGACAACGACCGAAUAUUGCCCAAUGCCGGCACAUAUGCAGCGCUGCUCGUUGCCUGGGUCAGGUGUGUCCGCUGCUUCUUAUGCCGCGUGAUCGGCGCUCAUAUGCAUCUGCAGGUUCAACCCCGAUAG